AUGACCGCUUUGGCAGCACUUGCAGAAGGCCCAGAGAAACAGAAAUUGCUUGACCACUUCAGUGAAAACACCCAAAAAGAUCGAGGAGAGACCAUGUCCCCGCAAGCAGCACCGCCAUCAGCACCAGCUGAAGCACUUCAAGGCAAGAGGCAACAGUCCACAGCACCCGAGCCAGAAGCAACAGCAGAAAGCAAGGCUGCAGCAACUGUGAAGCCCACAGCACCGGAGCCACAAGCAACAGCAGAAAGCAAAGCUGCAGCAAUCGAGAAGCCCACAGCACCCGAGCCAGAAGAAACAGCAGAAAGCAAGGCUGCAGCAACUGAUAAGCCCACAGCACCCGAGCCACAAGCAACAGCAGAAAGCAAAGCUGCAGCAAUCGAGAAGCCCACGGCACCCAAGCCAGAAGAAACAGCAGAAAGCAAGGCUGCAGCAACUGAGAAGCCCACAGCACCCGAGUCAGAAGCAACAGCAGAAAGCAAGGCUGCAGCAACUGCGAAGCCCACAGCACCUGAGACAGAAGCAACAGCAGAAAGCAAGGCUGCAGCAACUGAGAAGCCCACAGCACCCGAGCCAGAAGCAAGAGCAGAAAGGGUAGCUGCAGCAACUGAGAAGCCCACAGCACCCGAGCCAGAAGCAACAGCAGAAAGCAAAGCUGCAGCAACUGAGAAGUCCACAGCACCGGAGCCACAAGUAACAUCAGAAAGCAAGGCUGCAGGAACUGAGAAGCCCACAGUACCUGAGCCAGAAGCAGCAACUCAGAAGCCCACAGCACCGGAGCUAGAGGCCGAGAAGUCCACUGCGCCAAAGCCAGCAGAGACAGUAGCAGCCCCACCUUCGAUUUCAGCCACAGCAGCAGAGAAAGUGGCUGAAGCAAAGGCAGUAGAAGUAACAGUAACAGAGCAGAAGCGCAAAGCCGAGGAAGCAAAUCUAGUUGUUGCAGAACAACCUGCGAAGGUUCCCAAGGUUCCUGACUCUGACGACGAAGGAGAUGACAGGAGGGGGAGGGAGCCAAAUCGGCCAAAUGAUGAUAUUGAAGCCGAGAAGGAAAGGAAACGCAAAGAAAUGGAACGGAAGAAAAAGAAAGCACAUGCAGCCCACAUGAGAUUCUACAGGUCUUUGUCCAGAAAGGAUUUGAUGUCCAUGCUGUACGAGGAUUGGUUGGAUGCCAGCGAGAACUGGAGGAACGCCAAGAUCUUCCUUCAAGUAACUAGCAAAGAGAAGAACAAGAAACUGGGAGUCCGAGAGUGGUUGACUCGGCAGGAGAUCGAAGCCAAAUAUGGCGUUGAUGGCGCAGAGGCCAUCAUCCGCAGAAAACUUGGUGAAGAAGAAUUGAGAAGAAACGAAAUGAGGAUGCAUCCGGACGCUCCCGAGUGCGAGGCUUUGAUGCAGUUCUUGAUUCUCAACAUGGAUAAGGAAGUUGACAGUUCGGAGACUUGCGUCAGCCGCCUCUACCAAGCCGCAGAGGCCACCAGUGACAGCUCAGACUCAGAGGAAUUAAGCUCAGGACAAUCUCGGGACAGCAGCAGUGACAGCUCUGAUCCCAAGCCGAAGAAGAACCCCCCGAAGUCCAAAAAGAACACACAGAAGGACAGCAAGAAGAAGGGAAAGAGCGGAAAGGGAAAGGAUGAACAGAAGAAGGGAAAAUCCAAGCAGGAACAGAAGAAGCGCAAGGAGAAGGCGGAAAAGAAAAGAAAGACGAAGAAAGAUAAGAAAGAGGAAGACACAAAAGAGGAGCAAGAACAGUCUGAUGAUGGAGCUGAGUUGAGAAAGGACGCCUUGAAAAAGGCCAAGAAGGUGCCCUUUAAGGGUUUUGUGUGUGUGCGCGCCCGGAAAUGUUCUAGAUCUCUGGGCCACCAAGCAAACUUGAAACAUCUUGAAGCCAUUCUGCACUGUUGGGGUCCUUUCGCGACAGUGGCUGUCACCACACUCCAAAUGACCCCAAAGGACUAUUAG